GGGCUUUAAAUGAUAAAUUAUUCUUAAUUUACUAAAAAUAUUUUUAACCACUGAAAAACUGUACGUGGACACUUCUGCCUGCAUUAAGAUAUUACGCUAGCUGUACAGUAGCUUUGUUGAUGCUAGUCUCCUCAGCUAGCUUCUGUUUAAAGUAGCUAAAGGUGUAUCUUUGGAUGUGUGUCGUUUAUCUAAAGGAAAAUGUCUAAAAAGCCAAAGAAAAGAAGGCGGAGGGUGUUGUCAUCGUCACGUGAAGAAGAUGAGAAGAAACAAGAUCUUACCAAGUAUUACAAAAGCAGGAGGAACCAAGAUUUGAAAGAUCAGGAGAGAUGUGAAGCAAAUCAGGAAAAAGGUGCCUUUCCUUCUGUUAAAAAUGAAUCCCAAAGCACCCGCCAGAUCAAAAAGCCUGUCUACAGGCUGGCAAAAACAAAAGAAACAUACCAGGAACUAGUUAAAAAAGAAGAACAAAAAACAAAUCAAAAACAUGUCCCACCGCCAGACCAUGGGGGAAAAUAUUCUAGGGAUGCAAGAAAUUACAUUUCACAGAAAGAUAAAACUGUCAGUGGGAGUAAGACUGAGGAAAAGGGACAGUCAAAACACUUGCACACUGCAGUUGCAGUUCCUCAGAGGACAGAGAAGACAUCUAAAGGCAGCUUAGGUGAAAAGUCUUCCAAGAGGAGCACAUCCAAAUUAAAACAGCAUCUAAUGAGUCCCAGUUUGGUUCCUGCUGAACAGAGAGAACAGAGGAAGGAUGAACUGAAGAAGAAGUGCAGAGCCGAGGAACCACAGAGGACAGAAAAUGACAGCAGCUCUGUCAAGACCAAGGAACCAAGCAAGACCCACUUUGUCUCCAAGGACUCUGCGUGGGAGGAGAAAAGUGAUGUCUUCAAGAAGAUGUGCCAGAAGCAUGUAGAAAACAAGGCCAAAAAGAGCAUGUGGAAAGAAGUUAACACUCCCUCUGCCUCUACCACAGCAAAACCAUCCACUUCAGCCAAGCACACUACCUCUACCUCUACCUGUGUUAGUAGCUCAAAUGUGCUGAAGAAAGUCACAUCAGGGUCCGAAAAGCCAUCAUCCUCUCAGGAACAAGUAUAUCUAGCCCCAUCAUUUGUGCCUUUUAAAUUUAAGAUACCAAAAAAAGUAAAACAAACUACAGCGGAAAGCUCUGGUGAAAAGAAAGAAGCCAAAUCUACAAAGAAAGAUCUUGAUCAUGUGCCUGGGCUUCCAGACGUUGGGGCAUCAAGCAGCAACUCAGAGGAGAAACGCAUCCAGCAUGCUCCCAGCCGUCCAGAUGUUACACCUAGUGUUUCAUCUCAAGGACAAGAUGAAGGCUCGCCUUUGGCAGAACAACUUCCACUUACUGUCACAGCACCGUGGUACAACCAGAUGCAGUUGGUUGAAGAGCUUCAUCUUGCUCGCUCUGAGAAGAGAUUGGAAGUGAAUGUAAUGCAAAGCUACGGGGAUCUCACCUGUAUGGACAUAGACCCUCCAGAAGACGGACUUGUAGACACACACUGUAAACAAGCUCCCCAGCCAUACCUCAUCCUUGUGUUGGACACCAACAUUCUCCUCAGUCACCUGGAUUAUGUGAAAAAGAUCAGAUCAAAAGACCUUGGAGACCUGGGUAUCCCUAUAGUCCUGAUCCCCUGGGUGGUGCUUCAGGAGCUGGAUUCCCUCAAACGGGGGAGAGGCCUGUCAGGGUCUGUGGCCCACCUUGCUACUCCUGCUAUUUCGUACAUUUACAACAGCUUGAAGAGUCGGGAACCUUUCCUGUGGGGGCAGUCUAUGCAGCAGGCCAGGGAGGGCAACUAUGGUCUGAAUGCCGAGAAUAAUGAUGACCGGGUGCUGCAGUGCUGCCUGCAAUACCAGAGUCUGUACCCAGAGUGUGCUCACAUCCUAUGCACUAAUGAUAAGAACCUAUGCAGUAAGGGCCUCCUGAGUGGAGUGAAGGCCUUGUGCAAGACUGAUCUGGAGGCAGAGUUCGGGAGAUCCAGACAUGGCUUUCCUCCUCCUCAAAACAUUAGUACUGCCAUGCUGCCUCUCGUCGGCCCUCAGGUCUCAUCAGCGAUGCAGAGCAGGAGCUACGCAACAGUCCAGCCACGCAGGCAAAAGGCAGUACCCCUUACUGUAGAGGAGAAUGAUAACAGGCGAGAGGAUGAAAGGACAAUGUGGGACCCCAGCAGUGUUUCUGAGCUAGAAGAGUGUCUGCUCGAGGUGCUGUCAGAUGUGUUGGAGGUGGAGAUGAAGGCCGCUUUCGAAGACAUUUGGCUAGAUAUAGUUUACAUAAAACCUCCAUGGACUCUUCUAGAUGUCCUGAAAUGUUUCAAAAAGCACUGGAUUGCCGUCUUUGGGAACAUUGUCCCACGGAGGAAACAACACAUUGUUUCAACCCUCAUCAACUUUUUCAAUUCAGGUGACACAGCAAACUGUAGAGAUGCAUCAGCAGUUCUCCGAGAUGCAAAGGAGCUUGUGGAAGCAUUUGGGAAAAGGUCAAGAUGCGUUUCCGGGGCCAUCUCCAGAAUAGACAACAUUUUAAAUCAGCGACAACCACAGUGGGAAUCUCCUGCCUUUGAUGUUGUCAUGAAUGAAGAUGAUGAGUAUGAGGAUGAAGAAGAACACGAACAACCCACGCCUGCUCCGCUCUCGCACCAGGAAGUGUGGGCCCUGUUUAAUAACCUCUGGUCUUAUGUGCUUCAAAUGAGCCCCGAAGUGUUCAAAGCUCUGUGCUUUGACCCAAUCACCAUGCAGAGCACUCAGCCGGUGGGAGGUCCUGCACCACCACAGGACGCCGUGGACUGUUUGCACAAACUGUCCUCCAUAGUCUUACAGCUGCUCCAAAUCUUCAGAAGUGUUGUGUCGUCAGCCCCGUGUUUAGAGGAAGUCCAGACGCUGCUCAGCUUCAUUCACUCUAAUAAGAUUGUUGACGUGGACUCCAGAUUGACAGCCAAAGUCUUUCUGGACUGUCUUUUACAACAAGACAACAGGGAGAAGCUCAAUAUUGGAGGGAACCAGUUAUUGAGUGUCAAAGAGGUCCUGGAUCGCUGUGUUGGGGUCACCUGUCAACACAUCACCUUCAACACAUCUUGGGCCUGAUUGAUCCAGGAUUACAGAGUCUGCACAUCAGCCUAUCAGAUGAAAUAAAUAAACUUAUAUCCUUUACUUGAAAGGAAAACUGUCAAUGGCAGAAGUGUCUGCUCAUACUUUGGCGAUUGAAGCUGUUUACCUUUGUUUUUAUUCCCGUAAAAAUGUUUUUGUGACAUUCUGCUUCACACAAAGGGAUGGAUGUCUAUGGAUUUUCUCCAUCAUUCUAAAGUGCAAUACCUUUUCUAAGAGAGCUUGUAAUUUCCUGACAGUUUUCAGAGCCCGCCUACAUCAAGUGUUGCUUUCAAUGUUCUCCAAGAUUCCUUCAGCUAGUUUACAUAUGGUUUUCAUACAUAUUACCUGUCAAAUCACAUCUGAGCAAUCCUUUCUCCUCAUUUCAUGUUCCUUUUAUUGUUAGACUUGAUCCGUUUGCAACUAGUCACAGCCCUGGCAUUACUUUUUAUACAAACAUUUGAUUGGAGUUUGUUACAUAGUUCACUAGUUGCAUUAGGGCUGCAUACCGGUACUGUGUAAAUCGAUUCGGUACAGGUCCAAAAUACCGGAUCAUGAGGUACCGGUACUGUACCGAUAUACAUUUACACCAAGUAUAUGCUUAUUUUGUGACUGAAGAUGUGCAAAUCCUACCACAAAAACGAAAAUUUAGCACUGGAAAAGACUUAAAAUGCCACGCUGAAACUUGAAAUCAGAGCCAUUUUUGAUUUGAGAUCCUCUCACCACAGUCUCAAGAGACAUUGCGAGAGCUUGGCUGAUCCAGCGUUCUGAUUGGUCAAAAAGACUCAAAAGCAGGUCAGCCUUUUUCCUUUGCUGGCAUUGGCGGCCUUUGUUGCUUUGUGUAAUUUUGCCGCGAAAGUUAAAGGCCGCGGACUGCGCGGAGUGAAUUUGUUUGUCAUGCCACGAGGGAAGACCAGUAAGGUCUGGGAUCACGUAACAAAGCUUUCAGGUUAGGGCUGCGUACCUAAACGUAACAUCAGGUACAGGUACAGGUCCGCACCUGUACAUAAACCUCUGUACCUGUACCUGAUGUUACGUUUAGGUACGCAGCCCUACCCUGCAUCAUAUGAAGGUAUGAUGAUGCGCAUUUCUGAAGUUCUAGGUUUACCCCACAGCCACUGUGACAACUUAUUUUAUAUAUUUGACGGUAGUUAAAUUCAAUAUUUGUUCACUUUUUUUAAACACUGGUCUACUUAAACAGUUGGUUCAUAUUACUUUUGAAUUUUAAACCUCAAAAAAAUCUUUGAUUCACUGGUCUUAAAGUAAUAAUACGACAUUUCGUUAAAUAUGUGGAGAUACAACCGUUAUUAAAUAUUAAGCUAGGCCUAGAUAUGAUUAGCUUAGCUUAAUAUGAGGGAGAAAGAUCAAAAAGCAAAUUGUAAAAUUGAGUGUCCUCCUUUUUCCCUGAAGAAAAAUGGUCCCAAACCAUGCUAAUGCAACCAGCUGCUAAUGAUACAGUAGCUAAGGGAUAAAACAAAGGUAUCAAACCUUAUCCUGAUAUCACCUUACGUUGUGAACUGCCUGAGCUUCUUCCUUCUAAAAUGAUGAUUAUUCAAGGCCAAGCAAUGAUCUAGUAAAAAAGCUGAACCAAAGUUGCAAUUUAUUUAUUUUUUAUUUUCCACAGAAGCUAUUGGAGAGAUUGUCAUUUUGUCAUAAAUUAUACGAGUCUACUUUGGAAACCAUUGAGUGUUCAGAUUUUGAAGGUUUUUGGGUGAUUUUUAAGUAGAAAUGUAAUUAAUAUGAGAACAGAAAUAUAUAUUUUAUGUGAAAGUUAAAUGUUUACAAUAAAUAAAUGUUUUGAGGCAUUGUUUCUUUCCUUAAA